AUGAAUUCGUGUUGGUUUUGCAUUAGCUGCGUAAACACGUCGUUGGAUCGCGGGAACGUCGAGUUAAAUACCCAAUUCAGCCUAUCCGUCUCUUUUUGAGUUGAGACAUUUGUGCUGUAGACCUGUCUUCCCCAAAAAGGUAGACACGUUUGUUAAACCACGGGCUCCGGUCUGUCUUGCUGCGUCCUCUCUGAUUUUGACCAAAGAAACCAAUUUGAUCUUGGCGCAAUGAGUUCUUCAUCAUUGAAUCAACCCGGAUCUCCAGGCAUGUUGCGUCGUUCGAACAUGACUCAACAAGGAUCACCAGUUAUGUUGCAUCGUUCAAUGAGCAAUUCCGGUUUGAACAACUUGGCCCAUUCGUCGAGCUUCGUUCGCCGUAACAACGAUCGCGAUGGAAUGGGUAACAACGCCGGAGUCAGUCCCGGUGGCAGCAACGCCGCUUACCGCGCCUCAUUGGUCUCGCACUACGCCGAAGAUUUGGACAGACGUCGUCGCGCUGAACGAGCUGUCGAAGAGAUUCGUACCGAUGGAAUGCCAUCCGAUAACCUGAAGAUCGAAUCUGUUGAGCUGUUCUCACGAGACAACGCCCGAGAACAUCGCACUGAUCGCUACGAGAUGGUUUUCGACAACGGCCGCGACAUUGGAUCUCCAUCAUCCAUGGCUAUGUCCAGGUCCGUGACAAAUAUGGCUUCCAUGUCUUCGAUGUCACCAAUGUCCCCAAUGUUGUCGAUGGACUACCGUUCAUCUUCUUCACCGUCGACUACCGUUCUCCGUCGUGGCCAGCCUUUCUUCAUGGCUAUCCGCAUGAAGGAUCGUAACUUUGAUCCACGCCGUGACAUCUUGCGGGCAUCGUUUACUUUUGGACCCAAUCCUCAAGUGACCAAGGGAACCAAAGUCGUUUUGCCUUUCCGCAUGAAUCAGCGCGAAUUCAGUCGGGCCCCGCAAAAGUGGGACAUGCGUCUCCAUCAACAGGAGGGUUUCAACAUCACUUUCCAAGUUCACAUCCCCGCCAACGCGCUCGUCGGAUUAUGGCGAGUGAAUAUUGAAACGACGACAACGACACCCGGUGCGCGCGUUGACGAAUUCCGUUUCAAGGAUGACAUUUACAUCUUGUUCAACCCCUUCUGCCGAGACGACCCAGUUUACUUGGACAACGAGGAGCUUCGCAGGGAGUAUCUCAUGAACGAGACUGGCAAGGUCUUUGUAGGCACUCACCAUCGCCCGAAAGGACGCCGUUGGGUCUACGGACAGUUCUCCGACGUUGCUCUGCCAGCUGCCCAACUUUUGCUUGAACAGUCUGGUCUCAACCCGACCGAGAGAGGCAACCCUGUCCAAGUCGUCCGCGCCAUUGCUUCCAUCAUUAACGCCAACGAAGGCUUUGGAUUAUUGGAAGGCAAAUGGGAAGGCUCGUUCGAAGAUGGUGUUUGCCCGUGGGUGUGGACUGGAAGCAACAAAAUCUUCGAGCACUACUUGCGCAACGGAUCCAAGCCAGUCAAAUACGGACAAUGCUGGGUGUUUGCCGCCGUGGCCACUUCCAUCUUCCGCGCUUUGGGUAUUCCAUCUCGUCCCGUGACCAAUUUCGUUUCCGCACGUGAUACCAACCACACCCUGUCCGUCGACAAGUACUUUGACAUCUUUGGCGAUGAGAUGAAAGGUGGCCCAGAUGGCGACAAUCAGGAUGCCGUUUGGAACUUCCACGCUUGGACUGAAGUUUGGAUGUCACGACCUGAUCUCCAAGCCAAUUGCAAUGGAUGGCAGGCUAUUGAUCCCACUCCCCCUCCUCAUUUCUGGCAGAAGAACACGGGAGUAGAUCAAAAGAGCCGUGGACCGUUGGCCGUUGAAGCUUUCCGUCGUGGACCCUCUUCCGUCGAGUCGGUUCGUCGUGGCGAAGUUGGAUUCGCUUUCGACACGCCAUAUCUGUUUGCUGAGGUCAACGCUGAAGUGAGUCACUUCCAGGAAGACGAGACUUCACACUGGGGAUACAGGAAAAUUCACGUCAACAACUACCAGGUCGGCCGCAUGAUCUUAACCAAGCGACCGGGAGCGGACGAUGACGUCAGCGACGCCGACGCAGAAGAUAUCACGAGUCUUUACAAGAACCCUGAUGGCAUGUCCCGCUACCAGAAGCAAGGCGAUUUCAACUGUCACUUCAAUCAGGGAAUGUCGUCACCCUAUCUGGAAAGGAGAGAUAUGAAUAUGAGGGAUAGAGAUAACAAUAGGGAUAUGAUGCACUACCCUGGAACAUCUGUGCGUCGAUUGAGUUCAGUCGAUAUCGCUCGCAAACCCUGGUAUGAUGAAUCACGUCAUCCUACCGAUUCCGGUAGCUCUGCAGCGGAACGCGUCUCAGCCAUGAACGCAUCUCGCAGUGUUGAACGAACUCAGCCGAUGUUUGACAACCGACCAGUCAACGAAGAUGUUUACUUUGACUUGAUCGAGCAAGAAAAAGUUGCCUGGGGACAGCCUUUCAAUCUCCAAGUUCUUGUCCAGAAUCGUUCACAAGAAAUGAGAACCAUCACGACGAUCCUAUCUGCAAACUCCGUUUAUUACACCGGAGUUACUGCGCGUCGUCUUGGUCGCAGCGAUCGUCAGUUUGUUCUUCAACCUGGAGGCCGAGAAACUCUGCAAGUCCGCAUCAGCUGGGACGAAUAUCGCGACAAAAUUGUCGACUAUGGCCAUAUCAAGAUCUUUGCCAUGGCUUCUGUGCAAGAGACUAAGCAGUCGUGGAGCGAAGAAGAUGACUUCCAGCUGGAGAAACCCAAGUUGGAUGUCCAGAUCCGAGGAAACCCGCAGGUGGGUCAGGAUUGCUUCGCUACGUUCAGCUUCAUGAACCCAGUGUCAGUUACUCUGACAGAGUGCGAGUUCACAUUCGAAGGACCCGGCCUUGUUCGCCCACAAACUGUGAAAUACCGUGACGUGAAACCGGGAGAGAUGAUCAGUUUCGCCCAAAAGUUCAUUCCUCGAUUCAACGGUGAGCGCAAAUUGGUUGCCACUUUCAACUCUCGCGAAUUGGGCGACAUUGUUGGCUCUCGUCCGAUUCACGUUCGUGACUGAGAUAUUUCUCAUCGAAGCAACCCGACUACCACGUAAACUCCUUCGACAUGACAAUCUGGACCUUGAAACGGACUUGGACUUGCCCAUGGAAAAGUGUUGCAAAUUAGUCAAGUAACUCUCGUUUUCUCUGCACUUUUUACAACUCUAUUUCAUUUACAUAUUAUAAACCCAAAAAUGAACCAUUUGCGUUAUUAUUGUAUCCAAUUUAACCACUCUUCUUAUGCUCCUCUUCUUACUGAUGGUGUUGGUUUACUGCUAAUCUUCUUAUAUACUUUCUGGGUGAUGGUUUUAGUCAACCAGAAUAAAUUUCAUCAAUCAGA